AUUAAUUAUGAAAGCAUCACCAACCAAAGAGACCACUCUUAAAGUAAAAGUUCCCUCUGUAUUGAAGCCAAAGCAAGCAGCUCUAGUAGGAGGACUCGCUGGAGCCCUCGAAAUCACUGCUUCAUAUCCAGUGGAGUUCACCAAAGUUAUUAUGCAAUUAUACCCAAAAUUUAACAGCAUGGGAGCCCUGAACACCUUUAAGUACACAGUAAGAAAGGACGGAUUGUUCGCUCCUUACAAAGGAUACAAUCUUUUGCUGACUGCCUGUAUCCCUAAGGCAUACAUGAGAUUCGGAAUCUUCGAGUAUCUGAAGCAAAACAUCUUCACAUCUCCCACUGUGGCUAAUCUGACUAUUUGCGGAGCAAUAGCUGGAAGUCUUGAAGGACUUUUUAUCACAACUCCAGCUGAAAACUUGAAAGUGAAGUUGAUUCAUGAUAGAUUCAGGCCUAACCCCAAAUUCAGGAACAUGUUCCACGGAGUCUACAAAGUAGCUCAAGAGCACGGAUUAAAAGGAGUGACUGCUGGAGCUGGCAUUACCAUGUUUAAGGAGUGCUCAAAUAAUGCUAUCAGAUUUCCACUAUUCGUUGGUCUACAGAACGUUUUCAGCCCAUAUUUCAACAAUAAUCUGGUCAGAGACUUGGUAGCUGGAUCUUUGGCCGGAAUAUGUGUGGUACUCCUGAAUCAACCAGUCGAUGUCGUCAAGACCAAUCUGCAAGGACUCAAUGCUACAAGGUACAAUGGUGCCUUGGACUGUGGACGGAAAAUAUUGAUGACUGAGGGAGCUUUAGGGCUCUAUAAAGGGAUCAGACCCAGAAUGGUCCGUGUGGCCAUGGAGACUAGUGUCACCUUUGCAUCUUUCAACGCCAUAAAAUCGAUGGUGCUCAAGUAUCUUGAUGCUGAAGACUAAUUUAAAGCCUAGCGGCUCUUUUCAAAUCAUUUAAAAAGACUUUGUAUAUUAAUUUUAUUUGAAAUUUAUUCUUCCGAAGACAGGGAUUCACUCAGAUGUCCUCACACGCGAGGAAAGUGCACAGAUGCAACCUAAAACCAUCUUGUUCACUUUCACCUAAAAAGUGAACGAAAAGUGGUUGCAAUUAUCGACGUCCAAUUAAAGU